AUAACGCCGCGCCGCGCUCCUGAAUGUGCAGCUCAACAAAAGGACAAAGUGUCCAAACACAGAGGAAAACUCCUGCUGAAGCGACUGAUCUUCACACUGUUAUAAAGAUGGCGUUCAUUAAAGAGGAGAGUGAAGACCUGAUGAUUGAAGAAACAUUCGCAGUCAAACAGGAAGAUCCUGAACAAACAGAGCUUAUGGGCCUGAAAGAAGAGACUCAAGAGCCGAAUGAAAUGGAGGAGAAAGAUCAGUUUGAGAAACGGCAAGAUUACAUGUGUCGGCAGUGUGGAAAGGGUUUCAGUUACAAACAGAACCUUAAGGUCCACUUGGGUAUUCACUCUGGAAAGAGGCCUUUCAGAUGUGGUCAGUGUGGCAAGAGUUUCAGUCAAAAGCAAGCCCUCGAAGGUCACAUGAGAGUUCACACCAGAGAGAGGCCUUACUCCUGCACGCAGUGUGGAAAGAGUUUCACUCACAAACACCACCUCCAGCACCAUAUUAGGAUUCACACCGGAGAGAGGCCGUACGCCUGCACACAGUGCGGAAAGAGAUUCAACCAGUUGCAAGUCCUUAAAAACCACCUCACGAUUCACACUAAAGUCAAGCCUCAUGCUUGCACUCAGUGUGGGAAGAGUUUCAGUUUAAAGAAUAGACUCGAGAUGCACAUGAGAGUUCACACUAGAGAGAAAACAAGCACUUGCCCUCAUUGUGAAAAGGUUUUCACUCGAAAAAGCAACCUAACUUUACACAUGAGGAUUCACACCGGAGAGAAGCCCUACUCUUGCUCACAGUGCGGUAUUAACUUUCCAUAUAAAACCACUUUAGAUACUCACAUGAACAGUCACAUCAAGGAGAAGCCGUUCAUGUGUGUACAGUGCGGAAAGAGUUUCAUGCGGAAGAAAACCCUCAUUAAACAUAUGAUGAAUCACUGAGAAGAGUAUUGUCUUGUAUAUUUUGAUUGUGGAACCAUUUGCAGUCAUAAAAGAAGCCUCGACUCUCAUAUGAGCUUUCACCUAAGUCUUAUGGCAAAGAGGGACUUCGUGUUCAUCUGACAAGUCAAGGGCUGUUUCCCCAAAGAUGUGAACUGGACUAUUUCGACAUGAUUUCAGCCCCAAUUUUGACUCGCCAACAGGUUUUGAGAACUUGCAGACUAUUGCCUGGAAUCACAGGCAAAUCGGUGCUCAUAACAACAAAGACUGUAGAACAGGGGUCAUCAAACUUGUUCCUGGAGGGCCGGUGUCCUGCAGAUUUUAGCUCCAACCCUAAUCAAACACAC